UACACAUACCAACCAACCCAUGGGCCGUGACCCACUACCCAUCCGUCACGGUCCCCCUGCUGAGCUCCCGAUCUCUGCUCUGCUCUGCUCCGAGGCGCCGGCAAUGGAGGUGCUCUGCAUCGGGACGGCCGACACCAAGCUGGAGGAGCUGCUCUUCCUCGCCGCUCGCCUCCGCUCCAGCCUCGCCGCCUCCGGCCCAAAGGUUAAAGUAAGCAUAGUGGAUGUGUCCACAACUAAAACAGUGCCAACACAAGAUUCCAAAGACAUUGCAGUUAUUGCAAGAGAUACAGUUCUCUCAUGCUAUCCGGAUUCCAGCCAACAAGAUCUUCCAGAUGACAGAGGUGAAGCGAUUGCGCUUAUGUCAAAGGCCCUUCAGAGCUUCCUGAAAAACAGAUAUGAGGCUGGUACCCUGGUUGCUGCUGUUGGCCUAGGGGGAAGUGGAGGAACCGCACUAAUCGCUCCUGCUCUAAGAUCCCUACCACUCGGAGUGCCUAAGCUUAUUGUAUCUACUGUUGCUAGUGGCAAUACUGCACCCUAUGUUGGAACAUCUGACUUGGUAUUGUUUCCUUCAGUUGUUGACAUAUGUGGAAUAAACAGUGUCAGCCGUGUUAUAUUGUCCAAUGCUGCUUCAGCUGUUGCUGGAAUGGUAUGUGGGAUAUUAAUGGCUUCCAGUGAAUCAGAUGAAACAGACACAAAGCUGACUGUUGGAAUUACAAUGUUUGGUGUUACCACACCAUGUGCAAAUGCGGUCAAAGAUAGACUGAACAAAGAAGGGUAUGAGACGCUUGUAUUCCAUGCCACUGGUGUCGGAGGCAAAGCAAUGGAAGAACUAGUUAGAAGUGGUUUCAUACAGGGUGUAUUGGACAUAACAACAACAGAAGUUGCGGAUCACAUUGUUGGCGGUAUCAUGGCAUGUGAUGAGACCAGGUUUGAUGCGGCUAUAGAUAAAAAGAUCCCUCUGGUUCUCAGUGUUGGGGCCUUGGAUAUGGUUAACUUUGGAGCUCAUGAUACAAUACCUGCUGCUUUCUCAGACAGAAAGAUCCACAUACAUAAUGAACAGAUUUCAUUGAUGCGGACGACCGUGGAGGAGAACAAGAAAUUUGCUCAGUUUAUUGCUGGCAAGCUGAACAAAUCUUUAUCUACAGUUACUGUUUGCCUUCCACAGAAGGGCAUCUCUGCAAUAGAUGCACCUGGAAUGCCGUUUUAUGAUCCCGAGGCUACAUCUGCACUCUUGGAUGAGUUAAAUACCCGUCUUGUGAAAACUGAGAACAGACAGGUGAAGCUGCUUCCUUAUCAUAUAAACGAUCCUGAAUUUGCCAACGCCUUGGUGGAUGCAUUCUUGAGUAUGGAUAUAAAGGCCUCUAAUGCCAUAACUCCGAAAAACAACAUGGUCCUACCAAAGCAAGACACAAAUGAAAAAGUAUCUUCUUCAGGACAGAAGACUUCAGAUAGUUCUAUCAUAUGGAGACCCCCUGUGGAUUACCCUGAUGCAAGACCAGAAACCUUGCAAAUGACGAAGUCAAUACUACAUAGAUUAAAGCAACAAAUCAGUGAGGGCAUCCCUGUUAUUGGAGCUGGUGCUGGCACAGGCAUAUCUGCAAAGUUCGAAGAAGCUGGUGGGGUUGAUCUGAUUGUGCUGUACAAUUCCGGGAGAUUCCGAAUGGCUGGAAGGGGCUCAUUAGCAGGGCUGCUGCCAUUUGCUGACGCAAAUGCAAUUGUACUUGAGAUGGCCAAUGAAGUUUUGCCUGUCGUUAAAGAAGUCCCUGUUCUUGCUGGGGUUUGCGCUACCGAUCCAUUUCGUAGAAUGGAUUACUUUCUUAAACAGCUAGAAGCCAUUGGAUUUUGUGGUGUCCAAAAUUUCCCUACGGUUGGUCUGUUUGAUGGGAACUUCAGACAGAACUUGGAAGAAACUGGAAUGGGCUACAGCAUGGAAGUGGAGAUGAUCUCAAGAGCUCACAGCAUGGGUUUCCUAACGACCCCGUAUGCUUUCAAUCCAGAAGAAGGCGCUGCCAUGGCCAAGGCCGGAGCGCACAUCGUAGUCGCGCAUAUGGGCCUCACAACAGCUGGGUCGAUCGGCGCAAAGACGGCUGCCACAUUAAAUGACAGUGUUGCCCGGGUUCAAGCCAUUGCGGAUGCUGCAGUCGGUGUUAACCCUGACAUUAUUGUUCUCUGCCAUGGAGGUCCCAUAUCAGGGCCCCGGGAGGCGGAGUUCGUCUUGAAGAACACGAACCGGGUCCAUGGAUUCUACGGCGCCUCGAGCAUGGAGAGGCUGCCGGUUGAGCAGGCCAUCACAAACACCAUGAGGGAGUACAAACGCAUCUCUCUAAGGUGAGGUUCGGUGGGUUACGGAGUGGGCUGAUGAAGCAUGCCCGGUGUUCCUCGCUCUGUUGUCACAUGUAAAUUUUUACUGAAGGUGCCUUGUGUGUUUGAUGUAAUAAAAGAUAUCGGUGAAAGUACUGUA